AGAACUUGUCUCCGAUCUAUAUCGUCUAUUGGCAUGCACGUUGUUAUUAGGACUGCAAGUAUCUGGGCUUGGUCGCUACGUGUGCUCCCUCUAGAAUGAGACUUUAGCCAACGGCCCAUCCAUCUUGAAGCUCCGACGGUCCUGAAAUUAAUCGCGUGAUCUACUCCAGUCGUCAAAGUGUCGUACAUACUGGGACGCCGUCCGCUGCGGCGGACAGGCAUUUGCGAAAUAUGUCUUGUGUCAAGGCGUAAUUCCCCAUGGAACCCGUCCAGCCGAUUCAUGGCGACGUGGAUGCAAAACGCCGAAGAAGCAUCUGAAGACAGUGGAAAGCGUCUCUCCGGACGCAUACAUAUCCUCGGCCUCGGGAAUGUAGGCACAUUUGUUGCCCAUUCGCUCAUGAGCCGUCCGUCUCCGCCACCGGUCACUCUUCUAUUGCAUAAUCCCGACUUGUACAGCUCAUGGCUGGCGAAGAAAAGGUGCCUGGCGUUGAAUUCGAACGGAUUGGAUGAUAUCAAGACCGGCUUCGACGUCAAUGUCCUGAGUGGCAAAUCAUGGCACUCGUUUCCAUACUGGGAUCAAAAUGGGGAAGACGCUCAACCCAUAGCUGAGACUGAGGGGGACGUGGAAGAGUUCCUGGCCGAGUCUGCCGAAGAUGAUGAGCGCAUUGAAUGCUUGGUUGUUGCCGUCAAGGCGCCGGUGACGGCCAUGGCAUUGGAGUCUGUCAGUCAUCGUUUGACGCCUGACUCUACGGUACUGCUCCUUCAGAAUGGAAUGGGGGUCAUUGACGAGCUCAAUGAGAAGGUUUUCCCUGACCCGCAAAAUCGUCCCAACUAUAUGCACGGUAUCGUCUCUCAUGGGCUGGCGCGCAGAAAGGAACCUUUUCAAGUUGCGCAUACUGGCAUCGGCACGACCAUCCUCGGACCGGCUCUUUCCGCGAACUCUACGUCUGUGAUUAGCGAAAAAGAGGAGGACUGGGCCCCCAGUACCAAGUACCUCACGCGCACAUUGACCCUUACUCCGCCACUUGUUGCUGUCGCGGAGACCCCGUCCUCCCUGAUGCUGUACCAGCUGGAAAAGCUGGCGAUGAAUGCGGUCAUCAACCCGCUGACAGCCGCGAUGAAUUGCGAAAACGGCGAGCUUCUUUACAACUACAGCUUCACUCGAGUGAUGCGCUUGCUGCUGCUGGAAAUCUCGAGCGUGAUCUGCGCACUCCCCGAAGUGCAGGGCAUUCCUGGCAUCGAGAGCCGGUUCUCCCCCGAGCGUCUGCGGUGGAUGGUUACGCAGCUUGCCAGCAGGACAGCUAAGAACUACAGCUCGAUGCUGCAGGAUGUACGCGCUGGCAAGACGACCGAGAUUGAAUACUUGAAUGGCUACAUCGUGCGCAGAGGCGAAGAGCUUGGUGUCAAGUGUGUGGUGAAUUACAUGAUGAAGCACCUGAUUUUGGCGAAACAGCACACGUCGAAGCAGAGAGAGUCCAGUGCGAUCCCUAUCGACAUUUUGUAAGCGGAGCGGAAGUCUGUACUUAUAUGAUAAUAUACCCCGAUUUUCUU